AUGGAGUUUCGUGGAGAUGCUAACCAGAGGAUUGCUAUGAUAUCAGCUCAUCUUCAACCUUCUUUCACUCCUCAGAUGGAGGCGAAGAACUCGAUGAUUGGACGAGAAAAUUGCAGAGCGAAAGGCGGGAAUCCAGGAUUCAAAGUAGCAAUUCUUGGAGCAGCAGGUGGAAUUGGACAAUCUCUAUCACUGUUAAUGAAGAUGAACCCUCUUGUCUCUUUACUUCAUCUCUACGAUGUUGUCAAUGCACCUGGCGUCACAGCUGAUGUCAGCCAUAUGGACACUGGAGCUGUUGUUCGCGGAUUCUUGGGACCAAAGCAGCUUGAGGAUGCCCUAACGGGUAUGGAUCUUGUCAUCAUACCCGCUGGUGUACCGAGGAAACCAGGGAUGACUAGGGAUGAUCUGUUUAAAAUCAAUGCUGGGAUUGUUAAAACACUAUGUGAAGGCGUAGUGAAAUGUUGUCCUAAUGCUAUUGUUAACUUGAUUAGUAAUCCUGUGAACUCUACUGUCGCCAUUGCUGCUGAGGUUUUCAAGAAAGCGGGAACUUAUGAUCCUAAGAAGCUCCUUGGAGUUACUACACUUGAUGUUGCUCGUGCCAACACAUUUGUGGCAGAAGUUCUUGGCCUUGAUCCAAGAGAAGUCGAUGUACCAGUCGUUGGUGGACACGCGGGAGUCACAAUUUUGCCACUAUUGUCACAGGUUAAACCACCUAGUAGCUUCACACCUUCAGAAAUUGAGUAUCUCACAAACCGGAUUCAAAAUGGUGGAACUGAAGUUGUGGAAGCAAAAGCUGGAGCUGGAUCUGCAACACUUUCAAUGGCAUAUGCUGCAGCCAAGUUUGCAGAUGCUUGCCUUCGCGGGUUAAGAGGUGACGCGAAUGUCGUGGAAUGCUCUUUUGUUGCUUCACAGGUUACAGAGUUAGCUUUCUUUGCAACCAAAGUGCGUCUUGGCCGUACAGGAGUAGAGGAAGUGUAUCAACUUGGACCAUUGAAUGAAUACGAAAGGAUUGGUUUGGCGAAAGCAAAAGAAGAAUUAGCAGGAAGUAUUCAGAAAGGUGUUGAUUUUAUCAAGAAAUGA